UCUGAGAGGACCACAAAGCCCAUCUUUGGUUUUCUUUAGGCACAAUAGAAACAUCAGGAAGUAUCUGCACAAAGAACUUCCUGAAGCACUCUGGGAGAAGGCUCUUUUCUGGAUCUGUUUACCUCUAAAUGAUAUAAGCCCAGAGCCUUCAACUAUUACUUAUAUGAUGUGGCUGCUGGUGCACCAAUCUAGUAACUCACAUUUGGACACUUUGUACUUUGUCAUUGUAUCUCAGUUUAAAUGGGUUUUCUGCAAUGGAGCACGGUGCUCCAGGUGGGAUGCAGCAAAUGUAGAGCAGGGAGAACCAUGGAUUCUCUUGUUCUGGUUCUAUAUUUCUGUUAAUACUGGGAGCUGUCCUUCAGCACCAGGGACCCUCUGGGCCUCCUGCAGGACAGUGAGGGUGAAGGAGUUAGGGACACAGGACUGUUCCUAUCCUCAGCGGUCUCCAGUCCCUCCUAGUCACGGAGACCGGGGAGGCGACUCAGGGAGGCAGCGAGACCCUACGGAGAUGUCUAAGAAUCACCCUCAGAAGUCCCCUAGUCCUUGCGGGGAACCAGGGGUGGCCCUGGGGAGGGAGAUAGUCGCUUGGCCCGCCCCCGCCGUCGGCCCCAGUCGGGUCUGCCGUGGCGUCCCAGAGCCCACCGGGCUAGAUGCAGCUUGCACCAAAUUGCAAUCUUUGCAGAGACUUUUCGAACCGACUACCCCGGUCCCCCCUCUAUGGCCUCCUGACUCCCCUUCCCGUGCCCCAGCCGAGUUCCCUUCAGCCAAAAAACACUUGCUCAAAGGCCACUUUCGGAACUUCACUCUCUCCUUUUGCGACACCUACACAGUCUGGGACUUGCUGCUGGGCAUGGACCGUCCCGACAGCCUGGACUGCAGCCUGGACACUCUGCUAGGAGACCUGCUGGCGGGGGUGGCCAGCCCGGGCUCCGGAGCUUGGGAGGCAUGUAGCAACUGCAUUGAGGCUUACCAGCGGCUGGACCGACAUGCUCAGGAAAAAUAUGACGAGUUUGACCUCGUGCUGCAUAAAUACUUACAGGCAGAAGAGUACUCAAUCCGGUCUUGCACGAAAGGCUGUAAGGCUGUCUACAAGGCCUGGCUGUGCUCAGAAUACUUCAGCGUGACCCAGCAGUAAUGCCAGCGCUGGGUGCCCUGCAAGCAAUACUGCCUGGAGGUGCAGACCCGGUGCCCCUUUAUACUCCCUGACAAUGAGGAAAUGGUGUACGGAGGGCUCCCUGGCUUUAUCUGCACAGGCUUGCUGGACACUUCACCAAAGCGGCUGGAAACCAAGUGCUGUGACGUGCAGUGGGUCUCCUGUGAGUCGGAGAAGAAGAAGUUCAAGGAGUCUGAGGCCCCCAAAACCCACCACCAGCAAUUCCAUCACUCCUAUUUCCACCACUACCACCAACAGUACCACCACUACCACCCCCGCCAUGACCCCCCAGGACAUGUCAACCACAAACCCUCUCUGCUGCCGGUCUCUGGGGGCUCCUGCCUCAGCCCCAGCAGAAUCCGGUUCUGUGUCCUUGUUCUCAUGCUCCUCCAUACCAUGGUGUCCUUCUCCAGCAACCAAGGUGGUGGUGUACUAGGGCUGGAGACACUGCCUGCCCUAGAGGAGGGCCUGACACAGGAAGAGUGACAGCAGUGAGGGAGGACAGACCUCCGCCAUACACCAACAUCAGCUCCACCCCCUAGGUGGGGGAGAGGGGGCUCCUCCCAUGGGAGGUGUAGGACCAGGUGGGGAAGGAGGGAAAUGGGGGACCAUAUAUCCCUCUAGCCUACCCCCACCCCAAAAGCAGCUCCAAAAGAAUGGCCAGAGGGCCCCAGGGAGCUGCAGGACUCAUCUGGGAAAAAAAGGCAGGAGCAGCAGGUGCCCCCUCCCAAGCCCCCAUAUAUGGGGCAUAACAAAAUCAAGGGAGGAGUGGGGGCUGGAAAUGCCCACCCCCAACUAAGAACCCUGACCCCAGGGAAGGAGGCUGCUCAUCCAGCCUCGGCCCUGUAGGAAAUGUUGGGGGACACAGAGGGGAGAAGCUCUUCCCCCCCUCCACAUUCCUUUUGUUGCCAGGAUCCUUAAUUCCCUCCUGCCCAUAUCCCUACAGGCAAUGGCAGACAGUGCAAUGGCCCUCUUGCCACUUCAGCACACCUUGUCCCACAUGGGACUAUCACAAGUGCAGCUCCAGGGUUACAGCUAGAUGGGGCCCCAGUUAAGAGAUGAGAUUCACACAGCUGCAGCUAGAUGAGUCCCCAGUUAAGCUUUGCCCCACAACCCUGGGCAAUGAGGGUAGAAAUGAGGUACAGAAUGAGUGGUGAGAGUGAAGAUAGGGAAGGAGAAGAAAAGAGGAGCGAUGUGGACAGAGGGCUUGGAGAGAUGGCCUCAUGGGCUUCUGCCACCUGGCUUUGGGGAAGUGAAUAGGUAGUAUUGAAGCAGGUUCAAGAACUUCUCCCCAAGUCAAAGAGAGUUGCAUAAGGAGUCUUUUGGGAAAAGCACAGGAAUUGAGUUAUUGGGCCUUGAAAUAGAAGGCUGAGGGCACAUGGUUAGGCUGCCUUUGUCUGAAGGGCCAUAUCUUACAGAAGGUGCACAUACUCCCAAGGGCCACUCUUGUCCUGGAGAUCUUGGCCUUGGGGCCAAAGAUAUUUCCAUUUCUGAUCUCCAUGGGAGGAGGUACUUGAACCCAAGUGGGUCACGCCUGGCCUGGGUCCUCAUGCUCCUCCAUCUCAUCUUAGCCCAGGCCUCCAUGAAGGAGAACCUGGUGGCAUGGCUCCAGAGCUUUCCAGAGAUGAGCCUUCCACAUCCCCACCCUGUCCCCAGCCUACCAAAGAGUAUUCAUCCUUUUCAGUCUGUGACCCUGGGCUACUAUCCAACUAUGGAAUGACCAGACUCCUCCUCACCCUGUAGUGGGUUCCCUGUUUCAGUAAUCCCUGCUCUUUUCUGGAGAAAGUCCAUAGAUUGGCAGGAGGACCCUUUAACUAAAGAUAAUGUGCUGUCAUCUCCUGGCUAAGAGACUUGAACUGUUUAGCCAUGCUAGAGGGCUAGAUGAAAGAAGAGGCACUGAGAGACACUUGGAGGUCCUUAGCAUCAUGCUGGUCUGACUGGUGGUGGGGGGCGCAUUGCCUGGGACAUCUAAAAGUUAUUCAGACCCAACAAGAAAGGGAACCAGAAUUGUGUUUCUGUGACAGGCCCAAGUAAGUGCCAGAAGAACCUGUGUCCUUCUAGGAUGUGAUGCCAAUGAGUGAACGUGAGGGGCAGGCCUGGAGCUGCAUUUGAGUGAAACUAAGAAGGGGUUGAGGAGGAGAGAGCUGGACUUGGUCAGCUUAAGGAUGAAUUAGAGGCCCCCUUAAUAGAGAGGAAAUCGUUCAUAGGCCUCAACGGGGUUUCAAAUCAACUUUAUGAGACCAGGGAGUUCCUGCCAGUUUUCUCUCUUCUCACAACCUGUCCCUCUACUCCUUCCCCUGUGCCCUUCCCACAGACUUCCCUGUUUGGCCCUCAGCACUUUGGGCCUGGUCACAUACCCCAUCCCUAGAGUGUUCUUUUCAGCUGGGGAGGGGAAGAGGUGCUGGCUCCUUUCCAGACACGCUUACGUAUAAGUGAAGGGGCAGGUGCUUGGGCUCCAGAGAAACCCUAGGUACUGCCUCCUAACUCCUGCAUUUUCAGGAUUGGAAAAGGGACUGAGAAGUAGAGGAACCAUAUGGCCCCAGAGAAGGGACCCUUGGAGACUCUCAUCCCCUCUACCCCCUCACCAAGUGCCCAGGAAACCCCUGGCUCAGACCAGCUCAAGGCCUUGCCCAGUGGCAGGGGAAAGGGGCACCACACUCCACCUCAAAGUCAUUUGACUGCCCUCAUCUACACCACCCCAGCCCCUAUCUUCCACCACCUCUCCGGCUGCCCCUGCCCUCCAUCACAGGCAGCAGAGCUGGGCAGCUUUCUUAUGCCAUUUUCUACACUGUGCUUCAUAAGUAGGACUUUCUUGCACUAGUUCCUAUGACUGAGUCUCCAAGCUGGUUUCCUAGUAGUCUCCUAUCCCUUCCUCUAUUCCUCCCAGCUAUGAUUCAGUUGUCUUUGCCUUCCCUCUCAUCCCUGCCUCUGUGUUUCAGUGAGAGUCUCUGUAUGUGUACUGCUUUCUGUUUUGUUGCAUUGUGGAGCAGAGGCCUCUCUGUUCUUGUUUA